AUGUAUAAUCCAGUAGAUUUAGCGUUGUCCAAUUUUAGUGGCAAAUAUGGCAUUGAUGAUUUUACGCUAAGAUUCGCUACAUGUUUAUUGGGAUCAUUUCCUCUAACUUACAUUUUGAAAAGGAUUCCAAAUAAGAACUUAAACUUGAAAUGUACCUAUAUUAUAUCCAUUUCUGUAUUUUACCUCGUUGGAAUAUUAAAUAUACCAAGUGGCUUAAGGACUUUGUUGAUAAGUUCGAUGUUUACGUACGUGGUCACUAGAUUUUAUCAUUCAAGAUUUAUGCCAUAUGUCAAUUUUGUGUUCGUAAUGGGUCACCUAGCGAUAAACCAUAUAAGGGCCACAGGUUCUAUCUCGAAUAGUAUAGAUAUUACUAGUGCUCAGAUGGUUUUGGCAAUGAAAUUGACUUCAUUUGCUUGGUCAUAUGGUGACGGCACGUAUCUUAAGAAGGAUGAAUUCGAAAAAUCCUUAAACAAAUACCAACAAGCUCGCUCAAUUAAAAUACAUCCUUCUCUAUUGGAAUAUCUGGCAUUCGUCUUUUUCUUCCCAACAAUACUCACUGGACCAAGUUUUGACUUUUCAGAUUUUGAUUUCUGGUUAAAUGGAAAGAUCUUUCAAGAUUUACCAAAAGAUAUUGUUACAACAUCUACGACAAAUGCACCAAAAAAUGGCCGAAUGGUCUUAUUCAGAGUUAUUCAAGGUAUUGCAUGGAUUGUCUUGCAUGGCUAUCUUUCAAAGUUUGUAAGUUUCGGUGACUAUUUAAAUCAUCGUCAGAAUUUUUCCUUCAUUUACAAGAUUCAUUAUAUGGUUAUACUGGGAAUGAUAGCAAGAUUUAAAUAUUAUGCUGCUUGGAUCAUUUCUGAAAGCGCAUGUAUUCUCUGUGGACUUGGUUAUAAUGGAUCUGAUGUGAAGACAGGUAAAAUUAAGUGGGAUCGUGUCAGAAAUAUUGAUAUCUGGGCUGUUGAGUUUGCUGAAAGCACAAGAGAUUGUCUUGAGGCGUGGAACAUGAAUACAAAUAGAUGGUUGAAAUAUUACGUUUAUUUUAGAGUAGCUAAGAAGGGUAAAAAGCCUGGUUUCAGAUCGACCCUCUUUACAUUCCUUACUUCAGCUUUCUGGCAUGGAUUCUCUGCUGGUUAUUACCUUACUUUUGCAACAGGCGCACUUUAUCAAACUUGUGGUAAAUUUUAUAGAAGAAAUUUUAGACCCAUCUUUCUUUCAAGUGACGGAAGUACUGCAGGUAAAUUUAAAUGGAUCUAUGAUGUUAUGUGCUGGUACGUGAUCAAAUUAUCCUUUGGAUAUCUCGUUAUGCCCUUCCUAGCAUUGAAUUUCAAGGAUUCCAUUUUGAUCUGGAAAUCUGUUUACUUUUAUGGCCACAUUAUAAUCGUAGUGUCCUUUUUUGCAUUUAGAGGCCCCUUCUCUACGAAAUUCAUCAAAUUUUUCAAGUCCUUACAGCCAAGUGAAGGUGCUUUACAAAAGCAAAGAGCUAUUGAAUUAGAAAUUUCUGAGAGUGCUUCUACAUUAGGUAACAUACUUAAGGAAAAGAUGGAAUAUGAUAAAGCUCUAGAAGUAGAAGAAAAUAAGAUAAAAGAAAAGGAAAUGCACUUAGGUAUUCCAUCAAUUGAUCCGGAUGUUGUAGAAUGGGAUGACGCUAAAGAGGAAUGGCAUGAAUUCUGGAACGAAUAUACUGAGUGGAGAAAUAAGAAUGGACUCGAAGUUGAAGAAGAAAAUCUUGUUCUUGCAUUCAAUAAUUUUAAAAAGGAAAUGGCAGACGCAGCAAAAGAUUCUUCCUCUGCAGUUAGAAGAAUAAGCUUCAGCAGUUAUUCGCCAAAGCCAAUCAAGGAUAAAAAUGAAUAG